AAGAAGAGGACCAACUCUGAAGCUUAUUAUAGAAUCUUGGUUAUAGAUAUACGAUGAAUUUUUGGAAAGCUCAACACUUGUCCCUUUUACCAAAUAUGUCAUCAAAAGCUGCACAAUUUUCUCUUGGAAGUAUGGUUGACAAAAGGAGAUGAUCGCAAUACUGAGCUGAAAGCCCAUCAUAGGUACGGUGAUAUUAAUUUGACCUCGUCAUUGAAUCGGAGGAAUGGGAUGGGGCAGCGCUUGAUCAUCAACGCCGCCAAGUCAGCCAAUAACUUAUAACAGUUUGCUGCUCUUAAUUCUCUUGCAGCCAUCGUUACUCUGCGCACCGCCAACGCGAACUUAUGGCGAAGCUGAAGAAUCUCAUAGGGGUGAUGAAGGACAAGGCCUCGCAGGGCAAAGCUGCCUUGCUCUCCAAACGCGCCACCCUCUCCCUCCUACGCGCCACCAGUCAUGAUUCCUUCACUCCUCCCACUCCCAAGCACCUCUCCACCCUCCUCUCCCUCGGCGACGGCUCACGCGCCGCCGCCGCCCCUGCCAUCGAACUCCUGAUGGACCGCCUCCAGAAAACCCACAACUCCGCUGUCGCCCUCAAGUGCCUCAUCGCUGUCCACCACAUCAUCAAGCACGGCACCUUCAUCCUCCAGGACCAGCUCUCCGUGUACCCUGCCUCCGGCGGCCGGAACUACCUCAAACUCUCCAAUUUCCGAGACAACAGCAGUUCAAUAUCGUGGGAGCUGUCUUCCUGGGUCCGAUGGUACGCCCAGUACACGGAGCAGUUGCUGUGCACCUCCAGAGCCCUAGGGUUCUUCCUGGGAUCAAACUCUUCAUCCGAUGCAGAAUCGCAAGGAGAAAGAGUGUCAGGUCUCAUGAACGCCGAUCUGUUGGGGGAGACGGACGCUUUAGUGGCACUGAUUGACGAAAUCGGAAGAAAACCCGAUUGCGAAUCCACGAAGGGGAACAGAUUGGUGGAGGAGAUAGAGAAUUUGGUGGGCGAGGAUUGGAUUUCGAUAAUGAAAGAGGUGCGGGUGAGAGUGAAGGAGUUCAGAGAGAGAUUGGGAUGUCUGAGCUUCGGCGAAGCGGUGGAAUUGGUAUACGAAUUGAAGAGAAUGGAGGAGAGUAAAGGGAUGAGGAGGAUGGUGGCGGAACAGAGCUUCUGGGAUUUUGUGAGAGAAGUGAAGGAGGAGGCUGACCAGGAGAUUCUCAGAGAGGAGAUCAAGGGCUACAAAACCGUGAGGAGACAUAGGGCCAGCGAAUCAGAUCGGUUUGCGAGGAUGAAGAUGGAAAUUGCGUAUGAGUUGGGUCCGGAAUCCGGAUGAAGAGAGAUAAUUAUCCGCUAACCAACUGGUAAACGCUAAUUAAAAGGUGGAUCCCAUGUAACAAUGGCGCUGAAGACCACGCGUCUGGGAGUGGGAUCUCAAGGACUCAAAACUCAGCGAUCGCCAUAUGUUUAAGAGAGAACUGAGGAGACGCUUGUUAGUCAGCAGGCCGACAGAGUCGUGGUUGAUUGAAUGUGGUAGCGACAACCAGUAACUGAAAGCCAUAUCUAAUGUGGAAAUGAAAUUAUUUUGGACGAGUUGCUUUUUGGAGAGCUCAACUUAUCCGUUGUUUGAUGACCUUGACACGUACUCGCAUCUACAGGGUGAUAGAAAUUACUCAUCUUACAUCUUCAAAGACACUUCAGAGCCAAAAAAACUCUCUGUAAUAUUAUUUUUCUUUUAUUAUAAAAAGAAAAGAAAGACAGAUGAGCUUGUACACCUGAAUUAUUAUUCAAUCGCAAUCAAUAACGCA